CCCUGCGCAGAGUGCUUACAAAGCCAGAGAGUCUCAAACCUGCUGCACGGAGCUCCCGGGAAGCCCUCAGCCCCAGCCAUCUCCCCCGAUGCUACAAACAGUUAUGCUCCGUCCAUUCGUGACCGGACUUUCAGGCACGUUCUACACGGCAACAUAAUUCAAGGGAAAAUAUCAAUAGAGCUAAACGACCCCCAAGUGUGACGGACGCAUGCCACUUGGAGUCGCAGUCUGCGCCCUCAAGACGGUCGUGCGUGAGAUGGCAUGCACGCUGGCUUUGCAGGCCUGACGGUGGAGGGGGCCUUGCGUUUACCCCACAGAUGCCAGGGUUCCCGGGCACACAGGCGUGUUGGGUGAGCAGUAGAGACCUCAAAGGACCCCGUUAAGAGGAGCGCCCAGCUGUUGCUGAGAACAGUCCACGGCGGGGUGGUCACCAGAAAGAAGGCAUCUGCAAGUACCAACCCCCGAGCUCGCCACCGGCGGCGGCGCAGCGUCCUCUCCCGUCCCCUCCCUCCGCCCGGAGCAUCCUCUUAGCCCGGGGCAGCGAGGAGAACUUCCGAAAGCAAGCAAGCAAACAAACAAACAAAAGGCCACCCCCUCCCACGAGUCCCUCCAACUCUCGACCUUUGCGCUCCCCCACCCCGCGCGCCCGCUGCAGCUCGGGAAUGUUCAUGGACACGACCGUGGUUUUGUACCUGCCUCCCAAUGCUAACUUCAGCAUGCUAAAACGGAAGCAGAGUUCCAGGGUGGAAGCCCAGCCAGUUGCUGACUUUGGUCCUGAUGAAUCUCUGUCGGACAAUGCUGACAUACUCUGGAUUAACAAACCAUGGGUCCAUUCUCUGCUGCGUAUCUGUGCCAUCAUCAGCGUCAUCUCGGUCUGCAUGAACACGCCCAUGACCUUCGAGCACUACCCUCCCCUUCAGUACGUGACGUUCACUUUGGAUACUUUAUUGAUGUUCCUCUACACGGCAGAGAUGAUAGCAAAAAUGCACAUCCGGGGCAUUGUCAGGGGAGAUAAUUCCUAUGUGAAAGAUCGCUGGUGCGUUUUUGAUGGAUUUAUGGUCUUUUGCCUUUGGGUUUCACUCGUGUUACAGGUAUUUGAAAUUGCUGACAUUGUGGAUCAGAUGUCACCUUGGGGUAUGCUGCGGAUACCACGUCCACUGAUUAUGAUCCGAGCAUUCCGGAUUUAUUUCCGCUUUGAACUGCCAAGGACCAGAAUUACAAAUAUUUUAAAGCGAUCAGGAGAACAAAUAUGGAGUGUUUCGAUUUUCCUACUUUUCUUUCUGCUUCUUUAUGGAAUUUUAGGAGUUCAGAUGUUUGGAACAUUUACCUAUCACUGUGUAGUGAAUGACACAAAGCCAGGGAAUGUAACCUGGAAUAGCUUAGCUAUUCCAGAUACACACUGCUCGCCAGAGCUAGAGGAAGGCUACCAGUGCCCACCAGGAUUUAAAUGCAUGGACCUGGAAGAUCUGGGACUUAGCAGGCAAGAGCUGGGCUACAGUGGCUUUAAUGAGAUAGGCACCAGUAUAUUCACGGUGUACGAAGCUGCCUCGCAGGAAGGCUGGGUGUUUCUCAUGUACAGAGCAAUCGACAGCUUCCCCCGCUGGCGUUCCUACUUCUAUUUCAUCACUCUAAUCUUCUUCCUUGCCUGGCUUGUUAAGAAUGUGUUCAUUGCUGUCAUCAUCGAAACAUUUGCAGAAAUCAGGGUACAAUUUCAACAGAUGUGGGGAUCGAGAAGCAGCACGACGUCCACUGCCACCACACAGAUGUUUCACGAAGAUGCUGCUGGUGGUUGGCAGCUCGUUGCUGUGGAUGUCAACAAGCCCCAGGGACGUGCCCCAGCAUGCCUCCAGAAAAUGAUGCGCUCGUCCGUGUUCCACAUGUUUAUCCUGAGCAUGGUGACCGUGGACGUGAUCGUCGCAGCCAGCAACUACUACAAAGGGGAAAACUUCAGGAGGCAGUACGAUGAGUUCUACCUGGCAGAGGUGGCUUUUACAGUCCUUUUCGAUUUGGAAGCACUUCUGAAGAUAUGGUGUUUGGGGUUCACUGGUUACAUCAGUUCAUCUCUUCACAAAUUUGAGCUACUCCUUGUCAUUGGAACCACACUGCACGUGUACCCAGACUUGUAUCAUUCUCAGUUCACGUACUUUCAGGUCCUGCGUGUGGUUCGGCUUAUUAAGAUUUCACCAGCAUUAGAAGACUUUGUUUACAAGAUAUUUGGUCCCGGGAAAAAGCUUGGGAGUUUGGUCGUCUUCACUGCCAGCCUCCUGAUCGUCAUGUCAGCCAUUAGUUUACAAAUGUUCUGCUUCGUUGAAGAGCUGGAUAGAUUCACAACAUUUCCAAGGGCGUUUAUGUCAAUGUUUCAGAUCCUCACUCAAGAAGGAUGGGUGGACGUCAUGGACCAGACCCUCAAUGCUGUGGGACAUAUGUGGGCCCCUGUGGUGGCCAUCUACUUCAUCCUCUAUCAUCUCUUUGCCACUCUGAUCCUCCUGAGUUUGUUUGUUGCUGUUAUUUUGGACAACUUAGAACUUGAUGAAGAUCUAAAGAAGCUUAAACAAUUAAAGCAAAGUGAAGCAAAUGCAGACACGAAAGAAAAGCUACCUCUUCGCCUGAGAAUCUUUGAAAAAUUUCCCAACAGGCCGCAAAUGGUGAAAAUCUCAAAACUUCCUUCAGAUUUUACAGUUCCCAAAAUCAGGGAGAGCUUUAUGAAGCAGUUCAUUGAUCGCCAGCAACAGGACACUUGCUGCCUCUUCAGAACCCUCCCGUCAGCCUCUUCUUCAUCUUGCGAUCACUCCAAACGGUCUGCCAUUGAAGACAACAAAUACAUUGACCAAAAACUUCGCAAAUCUGUGUUCAGUAUCAGAGCAAGGAACCUCCUGGAAAAGGAGACAGCGGUCACAAAAAUUCUAAGAGCUUGCACCCGACAACGCAUGCUGAGCGGGUCAUUCGAGGGGCAGCCAGCCAAGGAAAGGUCGAUCCUCAGUGUGCAGCAUCACAUCCGCCAGGAGCGCAGGUCACUACGACAUGGAUCAAACAGCCAGAGGAUUAGCAGAGGGAAAUCUCUGGAAACUUUAACUCAAGACCAUUCUAAUACAGUGAGAUACAGAAAUGCACAAAGAGAAGACAGUGAAAUAAAGAUGAUUCAGGAAAAGAAGGAGCAAGCUGAGAUGAAAAGGAAAGUGCAGGAAGAGGAGCUGAGGGAGAACCAUCCAUACUUUGACAAGCCGCUGUUCAUCGUGGGGCGGGAGCACAGGUUCAGAAACUUUUGCCGGGUGGUGGUCCGGGCACGUUUCAAUGUAUCUAAAACAGACCCUGUCACAGGAGCUGUGAAAAAUACCAAGUACCAUCAGCUUUAUGACUUGCUGGGACUGGUCACAUACCUGGACUGGGUCAUGAUCAUUGUUACCAUCUGCUCUUGCAUUUCGAUGAUGUUUGAAUCCCCCUUUCGGAGAGUCAUGCACACGCCAACUUUGCAGAUUGCUGAGUAUGUGUUUGUGAUAUUCAUGAGCAUUGAACUUAAUCUGAAGAUUAUGGCAGAUGGCUUGUUUUUCACUCCAACUGCUGUCAUCAGGGACUUUGGUGGAGUAAUGGACAUAUUCAUCUAUCUUGUAAGCUUGAUAUUUCUUUGCUGGAUGCCUCAAAAUGUGCCUGCCGAAUCAGGAGCUCAACUCCUGAUGGUUCUUCGGUGCCUAAGGCCUCUGCGGAUAUUCAAACUGGUUCCCCAGAUGAGGAAAGUUGUUCGAGAACUUUUCAGUGGCUUCAAGGAAAUUUUUUUGGUCUCCAUCCUUUUGUUGACAUUAAUGCUUGUUUUUGCAAGCUUUGGAGUUCAGCUUUUUGCUGGAAAACUAGCCAAGUGCAAUGACCCCAACAUUAUCAGAAGGGAAGAUUGUAAUGGCAUUUUCAGAAUUAAUGUAAGUGUAUCCAAGAACUUGAAUUUAAAAUUAAGACCCGGUGAGAAGAAACCUGGAUUUUGGGUGCCCCGUGUUUGGGCAAAUCCUCGGAAUUUUAAUUUUGACAACGUGGGAAAUGCCAUGCUGGCUCUGUUUGAGGUGCUGUCCUUGAAAGGCUGGGUGGAAGUGAGGGAUGUCAUCAUUCACCGUGUGGGGCCGAUCCACGGAAUCUACAUUCAUGUUUUUGUCUUCUUGGGUUGCAUGAUUGGACUGACCCUUUUUGUUGGUGUAGUUAUUGCUAAUUUCAAUGAAAACAAGGGGACGGCUCUGCUGACCGUAGAUCAGAGAAGAUGGGAAGAUCUCAAAAGCAGACUGAAGAUCGCCCAGCCCCUUCAUCUCCCACCUCGGCCCGAUAAUGAUGGUUUUAGAGCUAAGAUGUAUGACAUAACCCAGCACCCGUUUUUUAAGAGGACAAUUGCGUUGCUUGUUCUGGCCCAGUCCGUGUUGCUUUCCGUCAAGUGGGACGUGGAGGACCCCGUGACGGUCCCUUUGGCGACAAUGUCGGUUGUUUUCACCUUCAUCUUUGUCCUAGAGGUUACAAUGAAGAUUAUAGCAAUGUCACCUGCUGGGUUCUGGCAAAGCAGGAGGAAUCGAUACGAUCUCUUGGUGACAUCCCUUGGUGUCGUGUGGGUGGUACUGCACUUUGCUCUCCUGAAUGCAUAUACCUACAUGAUGGGUGCAUGUGUGAUUGUCUUUAGAUUUUUCUCCAUCUGUGGAAAGCAUGUGACAUUAAAGAUGCUGCUCCUGACCGUGGUUGUCAGCAUGUAUAAAAGCUUCUUUAUCAUCGUGGGCAUGUUCCUCUUGCUGUUGUGCUAUGCUUUUGCUGGAGUUGUCUUAUUUGGCACUGUGAAAUAUGGAGAGAACAUUAACAGGCAUGCAAACUUUUCUUCUGCUGGCAAAGCUAUUACUGUAUUGUUCCGAAUCGUUACAGGGGAAGAUUGGAACAAGAUUAUGCAUGACUGUAUGGUUCAGCCUCCCUUCUGCACCCCAGAUGAAUUUACAUACUGGGCAACGGACUGUGGGAAUUACGCUGGGGCACUGAUGUACUUCUGUUCCUUCUAUGUCAUCAUUGCCUACAUCAUGCUGAAUCUGCUCGUAGCCAUAAUUGUAGAGAAUUUCUCCUUGUUUUACUCUACUGAGGAGGACCAGCUUUUGAGUUAUAAUGAUCUUCGCCACUUUCAAAUCAUAUGGAACAUGGUGGAUGACAAAAGAGAGGGUGUGAUCCCCACUUUCCGAGUGAAGUUUCUGCUGAGGCUGCUCCGCGGCAGGCUGGAGGUAGACCUGGACAAAGACAAGCUCCUGUUUAAGCACAUGUGCUACGAGAUGGAGAGGCUGCACAAUGGCGGGGAUGUCACCUUCCACGACGUCCUGAGCAUGCUCUCCUACCGCUCUGUGGACAUCCGGAAGAGCCUGCAGCUGGAGGAGCUGCUGGCCCGGGAGCAGCUGGAGUACACCAUAGAGGAGGAGGUGGCCAAGCAGACCAUCCGCAUGUGGCUGAAGAAGUGCUUGAAGCGCAUCCGGGCAAAACAGCAGCAAUCCUGCAGCAUCAUCCACAGCCUCCGAGAGAGCCAGCAGCAAGAGCUGAGUCGGUUCCUGAGCCCUCCCAGCAUCGAGACCACCCAGCCAAGCGAGGACGCCAAUGCCGACAGCCAGGAUCGCAGCACACAGCCUGAGACAAGCAGCCAACAACAGCUCCUGAGCCCCACUCUGUCGGAUAGGGGAGGGAGUCGGCAGGAUGCAGCCGAUCCUGGGAAACCCCAGAGGAAGUUUGGGCAGUGGCGUCUGCCGUCAGCACCAAAACCAAUAAGCCAUUCGGUGUCUUCGGUCAACCUCCGGUUCGGAGGAAGGACGACCAUGAAGUCUGUUGUGUGCAAGAUGAACCCCAUGCCCGACGCAGCUUCCUGUGGCUCGGAGGUUAAGAAGUGGUGGACAAGGCAGCUGACUGUGGAGAGUGAUGAGAGCGGAGAUGACCUUCUGGAUCUUUAGGGGGAAGUCUGGGCGGAAGGAAGCCAAGUGGGGGAAACUGUUUUCUAACCUUCCCUGUCAUUGUCCAGUGAGCGAUCUGCAAUUGUUAGUGACUUAAUUUCAGCUCAGCACAGGAUUUUUAAAAUGGACUCUUAUCCUUUCACAGGAGGGGACUGUCGACGCUGUGUGUGUGUGUGCGUGUGUGUGUGUGUGUGUGUGUGUGUGUGUGUGUGUGUGUUGGACUAUUAUCUUGUAGUCAAGAACAUUUGGGGUUGGAAGUGCGGGUCAGUGGUAGAGCACUUGCCCAGUGCAAAUCUUAUGUUUGAUCCCCAGUACCAGAGAGAGAUAAGAGAAAGACAAUUUGUGUAGUGGCAGUAUUGAAGCUAGAAACAUCAAACAUAGGUCAUUCAAAUAUUUCAUUUAUUCUGUGUGAUCUGAGACAUGGCCUCUUAGGAAUCGUUAGUGUUAUUAUUACGCUGAAAAGAGUGCUAAAGCCCAAAGUGGCUGAUAUUUAUGGUACUUUAGUUUACUUUGUCCCUCUUUCCAGUAGAAGUUUUCCUCUCUGGAGAAUUUGUUAUUUAUGAUUGAUCUGAGAAGGGCAGCACUGCACUCAAGCUAAAAGGAUAGUAGUUCCAAAAACUACAGGUUCUGAAUUUUAACAAGUAUAUUAUUUUUCUCAUGUUUGUUUUUUUUUUUAAUGUGAAAAACGUAUUAAGGUAGCAGAUGAGAUAGAUUUCUGUCUUCAGUGACUCUAAUAAGAGUCGCCUGCUUCUAAUAAAGCUAUUUGUGCGGGUCCCAGGCUGGGUACUUUGUCCAGAAUGCUCAUUGGUGUAAGAUAGGUCUGCAGGAAGAUUACUUGAGAUGUGUGGUGUUACAAAAACGUCUAGUUCCUUGGGGCUGUGGAGAUGGCUCACUCAGUAAAGUACUUGUUCUGCAAAUAUGAAGACCCGAGUUCAGAUCCCCAACAUGCGCAUAAAAGCCCGCCAUUCUGCUACCUACCUGUAACCCCAAUGCUGCCAGGCAGGAACAGGAGGAUCCCUAGGGCUUGCUGAACUGCUAGUCUAGCCGAGUUAGUUAGCUCCAAGCUCAGCGGGAGACCCUGUCUCAAAAAUAAUUGGGAGAGCUAUUGAGGAAGACCCUGGGUAUUGACCUGUGGCCUCCACAUACACACAGUAUAUCUUAGAUACCUGCAUAGGCAAAAAGAUGUUCAGUGUCUCUAAAAUGCUUUGAAUAAAUUAAUUUAGAAAGAAAAAAAGAUUAAAGCAUAAACACGCCUAUGAUCCCUGAACUCUGGAGGCUAAGGUAGAAGGUUCACUGUGAGUUCCAGGCCGGCCUGGGCUACAGAGUGAAUUCCAGGUCAGCUGGUGAUAGAGUGAGACCCUGACUCACGAAGUUAAACAGAGAGGAAGACACACAGAAAAGCAACCAAGAAAGAACAAGUGAGCUAAAACUAAUAUCAACUCACUUAAAAAUAUUUACAUGCGUGAUGUCUGUCGCCGUUGGCUUUAUGACUUACCCGAGGCUAUGGCCAUUUUGCUCUGAUCCCUGAGAGAUAUCAUGUGUCCCACCCAACACACUAUUAUAUUACUACACUAGGUUCAAGACGACUCCCCUGCUACCAGCAUCUCCUAUGGGGGGUGGGGGGAAAGCCACCUUGUGAAACUAACUCCGAAUCCCAUUUUGGCAUUCUACAACGUAACUUUACUGUUUUACGUAUCAGUGGCCCAUGUCCUGAAGGAAAAUCAGAAAUGCCAAGUUGGUCGGGCUUACCUAUAUUGUCACUGCUGAUUGGGACUUGCUGUUUGGAUGAUUUUGGUUAAUUAAUUAAUUAAUUUAUUUAUUUAUUUAUUUAUUUAAGAACGAGGGAGGCAGGUAGAGAGUGCUAGAGAUGGGGCGCCCCAGGACCCCCAGCCACUGCAAACUAACU